AUGCAGCAGCACUUAAUUCGAUAUCUAACGGAGCAGCGGAAAUGGAUUCGCCGCGGGUAUCGUGCUGUUGGCGAUACGCAAAGUCGGCAGCAGGCGUACCAAGUCGAACGAGAGGAGCGAAGGGCGCGUAGGAGUAAGUCCCCGGAGCUACAACUGUUGGCCUCACCGCUGGUGUCAACCGCGGGAUCCAUGGGACCGACGGUGUCCCCGGUGGUAUCGCCGGGGUACACCGAGGCGGAGAGUGACCUGGACAAGCGCGAGGAGGCCCGCACCAGCAAGUGCGAGAAGCCCCACACCAGCAAGCGCGAGGGGUCCCACCCCAGCAGCCGCGAGAAUCCCCACGUCAGAAAGCGCGAGGAGCGGUCGGAGGGAAGAAGCAGGGGGCGCACGGAGACGCGGAGGGAGGAGCCCAGAGAGGGGCGGCCAUCGAAGCGGGCGUCCACGCGUUCGACGCGUACGGCCAAGAGAGAGGAGUCGUCGGCACGCACCAGGGGAAGGUCGACAACGCGGCGAGGGGACCAGCGGCCGACUAACCCACAGGAGGCACGGACACGGUCGGCGCAGGCCGAAAACGAAGUCGAGGAGCCGCAGCCAACGCAGGCCGAAAACGCGGUCGAGGAGCCGCAGCCAACGCCGGCCGAAAACGCGGUCGAGGAGCCGCAGUCAACGCAGGCCGACAUCACGGCAAACAACGCGGCCGCUGAGGCGCGACGCCUCGCGGAAUGGCACCGGCGGAUCGCGCUGGCCGCGGCGAAGGAGGAGCUGAGGCAACGGCGUGUAUGGGAGGACGCCCUGGCGCUGGCCAAGAAGCUGAAGGCCACGCAGGAGGCCGAAAAGGCGGCUCAAGAAGCGGAGGCGGAGCGCCACAAGCGAGACGUCGCGCACCAGUGGCGGGGACGCUGA